AUGAUUCAUAACUUAUUAAUAAUAGUAUUUUUUGCUUUAUGGACUUUCCUUUUUAUCCUUUUGAUCUUAAUAGGCUAUUUUCUAGAAAAAAAAUAUAAGUUAGCAGCCAUAACUCCUGAGGUUAAACAAUAAACACCAUAAGAUAGUGUGGUUUAUAUUAAUCAUAUGUUAAUUUCUAACAUUUAGAAGCAGUCUUAGUAAAAGAAUGAUAGUUAAUUGGUGGAGGAAUUGGUGAGCAACCAAAGAACAAUCUCAUAAUAAAAGAUUCAAGAGUAGGUUAGUAAGAAUGAAGUUAAAAUUGAAUACACAUCAACCUAAAAGGAAUCAACUGCUAAGGUGCAAUAAAUGAAGGCCAAUAAAUAAUAGAAAUAGACACCAACAUAGACUAUAUUCUCAAGAAAACCUAUCAUAGGAAUUCUGGAAGGAAUGGAUACUCUGUAAUCUACGAAUCGAAAAAGUGUACGAUCAAGAUAGUCAGCAAAUAAUAGUGAGAGAAACAGCGUUUUUGGAUCGAGUUUGAAUUAACAACACAUCAACCAAGCAAAGAUACAUUCAAGUUCAACUUUUUAGACGAAUGGAAAUUUACUUGGUAUCUAGAAUGAUUAAAUUCCCAAACCAGCCAAGGAAUAUUAUAAAUGUAAUUCAUUUGCUAAAAUAUUUUACAGUCACAAGAUUGGAUUAUCAAGAAUUUUUAUGCUUUCAUAAAUUUAUUUUCGACAAAUGCUUUGCUUCGAAAUUUGUGGAGCAUUAUUACUAUUUGACUCACAAUUAUAGUAUUAUUAUAUCAUGGGAUCUUCAUGUGGAGCAUAUAUGGGUCUCAAAAUAUUCGACUAUUACAUGAUUAAAUGUAUAUGCAAGGAUGGGAGAGGUUGCCUUGUCAGAUUGAUUAGUUAUUUGAUGUGGGCAAGCGAAUUGGCUAUUUUAGUCUUGGGAAUCAUGUAUUAUGAAGUUAAUAAUUUCAUUUGUCUGCAAUAUUAUGCUCCUAGUUUAGUUUUGGAGUUAUUUAUUAUAGACCCAAUGAGAUAUUUCUUAAUUAAAAAUUGCUAGGCCUAACCAAGAAUCAUAAUAAAUAAGAAGUCAUAGAUUAUUAAAUGA